AUGAAGGCUACGCCAUUGCUCAUCGCGUGGCACAAUGACAAUGCCCCAAUCUACUCCGCUCAUUUCGAUCCCAAUGGCAAAGGGCGUCUUGCGACGGCCGGAAAUGAUAACAAUGUCCGACUAUGGAAGGUCGAGUCCACAGGCGAAGACCGAAAAGUGAGCUAUCUCAGUACGCUUGUGAAACAUACACAAGCUGUCAAUGUGGUCCGUUUCAGUCCCAAAGGCGAGAUGCUGGCCUCGGCUGGGGAUGAUGGCAAUGUUCUGCUCUGGGUCCCGUCAGAGCUGCAAACGCAACCUGGACUAGGGGAGGAUCGCUCGGAUGAUCGAGAAACAUGGCGUGUAAAGCAUAUGUGUCGAUCGUCCGGUGCUGAGAUUUAUGAUCUGGCGUGGUCUCCAGAUGGAGUCUUCAUCAUUACGGGAAGCAUGGACAACAUUGCUCGGAUCUACAACGCCCAAACUGGACAAAUGGUUCGGCAGAUCGCAGAGCACUCACACUAUGUUCAAGGAGUGGCUUGGGAUCCUUUGAAUGAAUUUGUCGCAACCCAGUCUUCAGAUCGGUCCGUUCACAUCUACAGCUUGAAGACAAAGGACGGACAAUUCACACUCACCUCUCAUGGAAAAUUUCUGAAAAUGGAUCUUCCGGCCAAACGGAUCUCGUCCAGCAGUCCUGCUCCGCCAGAUCCUUCAAUUCGAUCCCAGCCAACAAGCAAUUCGGUCGCAAUUGCUUCCCCUGCUCCCUCGACGCCGGGUACUCCAUUGACCUCUAAUCUGCCGAUGGAUCCUCCUCCAGUAUCUCAUAGUCGUCGUUCUUCUUUCGGCUCUCCUUCAAUCCGCCGAUCUGCGUCGCCGGCACCCUCCCUACCAUUGCCUGCUGUGAAGCCAUUGGAAGUACCAUCGCCAAGCGUUCUGGGUGGCUUAUCUGUUAGGAAUACUAACAUCUACGCCAACGAGACCUUCACAUCUUUUUUCAGACGAUUGACAUUUGCUCCUGACGGGAGUUUGCUUUUUACUCCCGCUGGCCAAUACAAGACCUCACAUAUUUCUGCCACUGAUCCCACGAAAAGCACGGACGAGGUCAUCAACACAGUCUACGUCUACACUCGUGCGGGCUUCAACAAACCUCCAAUUUCUCAUCUCCCGGGUCACAAGAAACCCUCUGUUGCGGUCAAAUGCUCUCCAAUAUUCUACACCCUGCGGAAGACUCCCCAGCCUGCUCGACAUAUCACUCUGGACACUUCUUCUGUAGAAGAAUCCUUUUCAUCCCUUCCCGAGCCAGUAGUCUCUACGAAGCCGACUCCCGAAAAGCCUUCCAUGGAGCCCCCAUCGUCGAAUGUUUCUACGGGUGAUUCAUCGAAACCGAACACAGCGUCUAAGAACGCUGAGGGUGAAGGAGCUACUGCUGGUCAGAGCCCCGGCCCUGUUUUCUCGCUGCCGUAUCGGAUCGUCUACGCGGUAGCUACGCAAGAUGCUGUUCUGGUGUACGAUACGCAGCAACAGACACCGUUGUGUGUGGUGAGCAAUCUGCAUUUUGCGACGUUCACAGAUUUGACAUGGUCGAAUGAUGGGUUGACAUUAAUCAUGAGUUCGUCCGACGGCUUCUGCUCGACGCUAUCCUUUGCGCCUGGAGAACUGGGCCAGCCAUACACCGCUCCGGUACCAGCAGUGCAGCAAGCAGCAAGCUCCGGUACUCCGUCUGCCAACCAAGCUCCCGCGCCGUCUCCAGCUCCAGCUCCAGCACCCCUUAGGUUGAGUCAGCUUCCUGUGAGCUCAAAUGUGACCGUCCAGUCAACCCAAGUGCCCCCAGCGAGUCCCGCACGAACCAACUCUGCAUGCUCAGUGACCGCACAAUCGCCUGUUCAACAGGUGACGGCGGCAUCCGUGGUCAACAACCCGACGCCUACACUAGGGUCAGUACCGCUGGUUACCGCUGCUCAGUCGGCCCAGCCGCCUGUUCUGCCUCUUACUACACCACCGCAGACUCCUAUGUCGACAGUCUCUCAAAGCGGGGCCAACUCCGUGAGCAACAGCGUACUAGGCAAACGAGACAUCAGCGAAUCCGAGAACGAGGACGCGAAGAAACAGGGUUCCGCGGCAGAAGUACAGCCGCCGAAGAAGAGACGCGUCGCUCCAACGCUCAUCUCGGCUGGAACUUCAUCCUCCAUUUCACCCCCAAAAGACAAUUCACAUAAUUCAGGUGUGGGUGGCUGA